AUGUCUGAUAUUCAGCGGGAAGACAUGAGCACCCAAUACCACAUGUCGAGAAGCGUGGUCCACACGGAAAGCUACUCGGCGGGUCACGCUGCCGAAGAAUUCGUCGCUUCUGCGGAACGCGAGAAGAGAGAGCUUCAAGGCCUCAACGACCGUCUCGAAGUCUACAUCGGUCGCGUGAAGCAGCUCGAAGAGAAAAACCGUUCUCUUGUCCUCGAAUUGGAUCAACUGCGCGCAUCGUUGGGUGGAGAAGUUGGACAAAUUAAGUUCAAAUACAGUGACUCAUUGACGAAAACUCGCGGGGAGAUUCGCGACGCUCGCGGAGGAACCAUCGGAAUUGAAGUUAAAGUUCAUCGACUUCAAGACGACCUUAAUGAUUACAGAUACAGAUAUGACGAGGCAAGACGUGAAGCUGAAAAGGAAAAAGCCUCAUGGUCCUCUUCGAUUGCUCAAGCUUCAGCUGAACUUGAGAGCAGCAAAUCGCGUUACAACGCUAUCCUCGAAGAGGAAAAGAGAUUGUGGGCCGAGCAAGACAAUCUGUACGUCGAGCUCGCCGCUGCCAAGGAUGAGCUUGAUGCCGCUAUCGCUGACCGCAUGCGUCUCCAGCAUGAGGAGGAGGGAUUGAAGGCCGAAUUGGAAUUCCUCGGACGUGUGCACGUUCAAGAAAUCACCGAACUCCGCACCCUUCUCACUCAAGCGCCAGCCGACACACGCGAAUUCUUCAGAAACGAAUUGGCACUCGCCAUCCGCGAUAUCAAGGCGGAAUAUGAAAAGAUCGUCACCACAUCGAGACUUGAUCUUGAGACCAUCUUCCAGAGCAAGGUUUCUGCCGCUCAAGCCUCGGCUGAGAGCCGCAAUGAAUUGAGCAUUCACCGACAAGAGGAGAUUCGUAAGAUGACCGAAUCGAUCUCGAGCGUCCGCGCGAGACUCUCUGAGCUCGAAGCCAAGAACGCCGCCCUCGAGAGAGAAGCAUCGAACCUUCAAUUGCAACUCAGCGAAGACCAGAGAGCGUACGAGACCGAACUCCAGAAGAGAGACACCGCCCUCCGAUUCAUGCGCGAGGAUUGCCAGACGCUCAUCGCUGAAUUGCAAGCCCUCCUUAAUACCAAGCAGACUCUUGACACUGAAAUCGCCAUCUACCGUAAAUUGGUGGAGUCGGAAGAAAACAGGUUGGAAUCCGAUUACCUAAUAGUCACUAAGCUAGUCGGAAAGCUUAUCGUCGAGACGGACAGAUUUGAUUCUGGAGAGGUUGCGACGCGCACGACAUUCAAACGAUAUGCGAAAGGAAACAUCAUCAUUGCUGAAUGCGACGCCACUGGAAAAUAUGUGAUUCUUGAGAACGCCGGAAGCACGGCCGAAGACAUCAGUCGUUAUCAAAUCAGAAGAGUCGUUGACGGAGUGCACACGUUCACGUACACUCUUCCACCAAACACCAUUCUUCGUGGACACUCGCACAUCAAGAUCUACGGAAGAAACGCCGGCGGAAUCCAUUCGCCACCAGACUCCAUUGUUAUGGAAUCGUAUCCAAGCUGGGGAACAGGAACUGAAAUGAACACGAUUCUUUACAACCGCGAAGGAAUCGAACGAGCUUCAUACAACCAGCACAAUGAAAAACGUUAA